GGAGAGAUCAACUGGGAUUGUCCAUGUCUAGGAGGUAUGGCUCAGGGACCAUGUGGUGAAGACUUUAAGGCAGCAUUCAGUUGUUUUGUUUUUUCAGAAGCAGAGCCAAAAGGUCUAGACUGUGUCGAAAAGUUCAAGGCUAUGCAAGAUUGUUUCCGUAGACACCCUGAUGUAUAUGGUGAU